UCACUUCCGGUAGCUACAUAGCAACAGCGGAGGCGACCGAACAACGGCGGAAGAGUUCACAACACAGCGCCUGGAUAGCUGGUGGAGAAAACAAAGUAAACUAAAAGAAAGCAGUUGUUGAUCAUUCUGAAUCUACAUAUAAUUCUGAUAUCGUGGGUAUCUCAAAAUGACGACGAUUGAGUUUGGAGGGGGUCCGACGAUCGAGCAACGUCGAAUGUUCGCAGGGCUGCAAGAUGAAACACAAGUACCCGGAUAUCGUGGUUAUAUCCCACAAAUGAAGUACAGAAUUGGGAAGACAUAUGGGAAUGACACAAAUGAAAUUUUUAAGGAAUUCGGUCUCAAAAGAGCAGCGACAGUUAUCGGUUAUGUACCAACUAAGACUACUGGGAAGCCACUGCCAAAGUCUAAUGGUGAUAACAUAUACACAGAUCAAAUGGUUCCUGGAUAUACAGGUUACAUCCCACGACUCACAUUUAAAUAUGGCAACACCUACAAGCGAAAAUGUGAUGAUUGCAUCCAAGAAUUUAAAACCAACCUGGAGAACUAUGAAGCCAAGCAAGAUGAACUACGGCGACAGACUACCAGCUGUCCACGGCUGACUGCAAUCUCUUAUGACCCACUGGUCCGUGACCAUCUCAACUUAUUUCGUGAUACACAUCCUCUGAGGCCAAUCCUGAUGGAAGAUAAAAGGCCAUUGCUUGAGCCACCCAUGCCUGGCUAUCGGGGCUUUAUCCCACGCAUUAGCCCCACAGAACUGUCUCUGGGACAACGGUACCACACUGGCACGGGCAAGUGCCUGAAGGCAUUUGCCAAAGAACAGGCUCGCCAUGAUGCUUACUACAAGGGCACAUUGACAGACACUUCUUCUGUUACUGUUGAAAGGCAACCAUACAGUGGAGCUGGGGACCCUGAAUAUGAUCGCAGAUUGUACCCCAAGGGGGGCAUGCUUCCAAAAUAUACAGGAUACCUACCACAAAGGAAAUUUGUAUUUGGCAACACUUACGGGGAUACAACUCGCUCACUAGAGGUGUGCAGCCAUAAUUUGCCCAGUUAUGCCGAUUUUGUGAAGACCAAGCCUCCUCAUCUGCCAACUGUACUUUGCUGAGACAAACUUGGGCUAGAUCACCUGCAUAUUGGCUCUAACUUGGACAAGGUCCUCUGCUGUUUUUACAUGCUUUCUGAGAACAGUUUGAGUUGAAUUCCGAUGACAUUUUUGUUCACAGUGCAGCUCUUCUAU